UAUUUUUAUGGUUUCAGGUGAUGAGAAUGAGAUGAUAGAUAGAAAAAGGAAGACACUUUCUUUUUCUUCUUCGUCUUCUUCUACUACUACUACUUCUUGUUCUUGUUUAUAAAGACAAACUGAAAAGCUAAUACAGUCCGUGAGAAAAAAGCUAUAAGCAGAAGGUGAGAGGUAAGGCAGCGUUUGGCAAGAAUGAACGGCAAUGAUAAUACUAAUGGAAACGUGUUUGGAGCUGAUGAAAGUGAGCAUAUUAGAAGACAUCAUACACACGAUGUAGCUGAUCAUCAGUGUAGUUCUGUUCUCAUCAAGCACAUCAGAGCUCCUGUUCAUCUCGUAUGGUCUUUGGUGAGGAGGUUUGAUCAACCGCAGAAGUACAAGCCUUUUAUCAGCAGGUGUGUUGUGCAGGGAAACCUUGAGAUCGGGAGUCUCAGAGAAGUUGAUGUUAAGUCUGGUCUUCCUGCCACCACGAGUACCGAAAGACUAGAACUUCUUGAUGAUGAAGAGCAUGUUCUCAGAAUCAGGAUUAUUGGUGGCGAUCACAGACUCAGGAACUACUCUUCGAUCAUUUCCCUUCAUCCAGAGAUCAUCGAUGGAAGGCCAGGGACUUUGGUGCUUGAGUCAUUUGUGGUGGAUGUGCCGGAAGGCAACACCAAGGAUGAUACGUGCUACUUUGUUGAAGCUUUAAUCAAGUGCAAUCUCAAAUCACUUGCUGAUGUCUCUGAGCGGCUUGCAGUGCAGGAUAGGACUGAACCCAUUGAUCGGAUUUAAGAAAAGUAGGGAUGAGAGAGCUGAUGUCGAAUGCUCUGGUUGCCAAGGAUGAAGCUUUCGAGGCUUUCGUAUCUCGGAGGCUUUGGAGACGGACUGGCAUUAGUACUUAUUUCAUCAUUUAUACGCACACAUUUUCCUUUUGUUAUGUUGUGUCUUUGUUUUUGAGUAUGUUCAGUGUCUUAAGUAGGUCAAGAACCACAGCUCUUAUAAAAGGUUUCACUUUUAUAUGAUGAAAAAGUUAAAAAAGAGAAAGAGACUAGGUUAUCGUUUUCUCUGUAUUUUCCAGAGUUUUGUUCGUGCUUUUACGUCUAUGUGUAUAUAUAAAAUGUACUGGAAAGGGUUAGUUCUUGUAUAUCUUGGUUUCAUGUUUUAGAUCCUGGCAGAGCAGUAAAAAUGAAAAGUUUGGUUAA